CCGUUCGUGAAGAGAGCUUUCCGGUGACGGGUGUUCGAAUGUUUGAAAAUGGUGGGGUGAAGUUUCGGCGAUGAAUUCGAACCUGUACCUCCUUUUUCUUUCCUUUUUACUCUUCCAGGGAAGUCAGCAUAUAGGAGGUGUGGAACAGAAAAGAGCCGAGUAUGAAAAUGUAGUAGUCACUGACGGACUAGAGUUGCACAAGGUUUUCGAUUCCUUCAGGAGAAAUACUCCGACGACAGCGUCUUCUCUGAGCGACGAAGAAGAGAGGGAUUUAGAGAGCGCUCCAGCGACCGGGCUCGAAGACUCUAGUUUGGAUAGUCUGGAAGAUGAAUCAAGUAAAAAUCUCUUGGAGGAAACGUUACCGAAUAGUGGAAGCCAAGCAUUAGAAGAUAAGGCUAAUUCUCAUGAUGUCGAAUCGAAGGAGCUUUCGAACAACGAGAGGCGGUUAACCCCGAAAAAUGACGGAGAGAGUAAAAAUCGGCAUGAUAUCAGGACAAAUAGAAAUUAUGAGCGAAAGGAGCGAUUAAAUAUUGAUUCGAAGAGAAAUAAAGAUCAACGCCAUGCCACAAGAGACGGUCUAGCCCGAGAUGGCAAAAAUAAAUUGGCGCAAACUGCCGAACAAGGCAAAACAGCUGAGCUGGAAUCUUCGAAUGGCGGAUUCGCGGUUGUUCCAGAUUCCAACUCGUCAGCGUCAACACCACCUCCGUACAUCUUGAAAGUAAAGAACACCCCAGCCAGAGCAGAGUUGGACGACAUUUAUUUUUUAUUUAUAGUAAUUGGUUGCAGUGUGGCUGGGAUUGCAGGGUUGGCGUUAGCAGGGUACUGCUGGUAUAAGCUGCACACUACAGCAAAGGCUGUGAGUGAAGCAGAGUAUUCAAGUUAUGGAGCUACAAAACAGGGUGCACAGGUCACUAAGGGAGACCAUAAGCUUGAUUACAGUGCAGAAAUAUAUCAUUAUCAGCAGACAAAAAGUCAACUGUCAGCCAUGGAAAAGGCUAGUGGAACGAAGAGAGGGAUUAAGGGAGAGACACUUGAUGAUGACGAAAAUAGUGAUGAGGGAGAUGAUGAAGAUUACACUGUCUAUGAGUGUCACGGACUGGCUCCGACAGGUGAUAUGACAGUUGUCAACCCCUUGUUCAGUGAUCAAGAAGUGGUUGGCAGUGAUCAGGAUGGCAAUGGUGAUAAGAGCGGUGCUAGUGGUCAAGGAUCUCCUGUAGCCCCUCGACAUUCAUUCAAAGAAUCUUAAAAUAGCUAAAUAUUAGUUAAGAGUUUGAGUUGUUUUAUUUUUUGAUCAAUCAUUGGAUGUUAAUGUUACUUGUCAGUGUGGUUUUGGUUCUUAAAUUUAAAUAUGAGGGUGCACCUACCUGGUUUGACAGUUGUUUUUUUUUCUUGUCUAAACUACGGUUUUUAUCUUGUAGCUUAGGUGAAGAUAACUUUCAAUAAUUUAUGCUUAGUGUUUUAACUAAAAGAUCCUCAAAGAGGAAUAAUGUGCCCUACCUAAAGAUUCUGCAUGUGAAUAUUGCAGGAAAAUCAUUUCAAUAUUGUUUUUAGUUGAACUGACUUGGCUAAAAUCAAUGGCUUGGUGCACCCAUUAAAUACAAAUGGCUUGGGUUAACCCCAGGGAUGGAUAGAUAUAAAAGUAGGUGAAAUAAUAAUGACAUGGAAAGAAGUUUUAUACAAAAAGAAUAUUAUUGAAAUUUCAAAUUAUAAUUUUUUAUAUCUGGGUCAUUGGUACAAAGUUUGUGUUAAUUCUGAAAAAUUAUUUGGAUGUAUUUCCAAAUUGUAAAUAAAUAAUCCCAUCACACUAGUGUUGUGUAGUGACAAAUCCAGUGGAUUGGUCUUGGCGAUUCUGAUGGGUGAUUCAACUAUAAACUAUAUACUAUGUAUUCACAGAUAAAGUUAUAGCAAUCAUUAUCAAUAAUAAUAAUAUUGUAAGUAGAGUAUAUGUGCAUGCUGAGUCAGUAUAAGAAGCCAGAAUUGCAGCACUUCUGCUAGUCACUUGCUUUAUAAACUAAAAGACAAAUCAAACUCUAUUGUUUCAUUUCAAGACUGUUUUGUAUGUGACAGAAUUGCUUAAAAGUGUGACCCUAGUGCCUUUUACAAUAAAAAGGCCUAUGGGUCUUGGAUAAGGUCUGUAAAUUGGUUGUGAAAAAGUAAGAGUGCUGUUAUGAAGCUGACAGGUACACGUAGUUUACUUUUUAUCAUGUGACUUCUGUGUGCAAAAUAAGUGAUGCCAAGAAUGCAAAACCUUAAUUUAAGAAUCUUUAAAUUCAGACAGGUCCUCUUUAGAUUUGAGUGCAACAUUCUCUGUGAAAAUUGUGAAAUUAAUGAAUUUGAGACUGUUGCAGUGGAAAUGAAGAGCAAAGUGUUUCCAUAGCUUCAAGGAGGGAAUUUUUUUUUUUUCAAUGAAGCGAUGGUUGUUACAGACUUGUACCUUGGGACCCUUGAACUCUAGAAAAUUAAGAUUUUCAACUUGUGGAGCUUGGUUAAACAGUAAGGGACUUCAAUAUACUUCAACAUACAUAUCAUUGUCAUAGAUUACUUCACAUUAGAAUAAGUUGUUAGGAUACAAAGAAGCAAGGCUCUAUAUGUUAAAUAUGAUUCAUGUUAUUUCAGUGAUUUCAAAGUUAUUCAGAAAAGACAGAAGGAAAAGCUCUUUUGGGGAGUGUAAAUUGAGAACUUGGUUUUGCACAUUAUUUGAAGUAUUGUAAAUGAACUCUCCUUAGGGCUCUCUACCCUUUUCUCUUGGUGUUCAAAAUCAGAAAUAGGAACAGAAACUUGGAACGACUUAACGAACAAGAUAUAUGUAGUACUUUGUUUAAAUCGUGAAGAAAGUUAAGAAUUUUAUGACAAAAAUAUAUAUUGUUUGAUAUUCAUACUCCUUCCUGACCAUUUUGGAUCACAUUUUCUACUUAACAAAUUGACGUCAGUUUUUCAUGUGUUUUUCUUGUGACUGAUCAUGAAUUUUGUUCUAACAUUGUCAGUGGUUGUGGAUCCACAAGGCGAUAUCUGCAGACUACUUUGACAAUGUUAUGAUGAAAUUCAUUGUCAAAAACAGGACAGACACAUGAAAAACUCACGUCAAUUUGUUUUUUACGAUAACAAAUUGUCAAAUUGUCCACUCUUCGCUCAUUGAUGUAUCGCAUUAAUUAUAAAUUCAUGUAUCUAUCCGCAUAUUGGCAAUGAAAAUUAACCAAUGAGUGCACAAGAAUUUCUGCAGUUAUCGUAAAAAAGUUUAUUUAUUUCUCUCACAUCUUUGUAAGAACCCAGGAAAGCUGAGUAACCAAGCUCCACAUUGUUGAAUAUGUUGGGGGUGGGGAUGGGGCUGGGCAGGUGUCCAAAGAGGUGUGAACGUGGAUAGCUUUAAUGUAAACCAUUAAUUUUAUUUAUCUUUAGGUUUCGUUAUUACUAAGCAUCUGGUUUUGUUUAUACUCAAUUCACUCAGUCAUGUGCAUACUUCUGAAUAAUAUUAUAGAGAAUAUAUUAAUUUUGACACAUGCACGCCACGUGAGAAUGCUAUUACGGUUCAUAUCUAUUAACUUCAAAGUGCCUGAAAAUAACAAUCGUGUUUAUUUUGGAUUCAGACUAAAUUUUUGGAAGGUGUAAAAUUCUUUUCAAACUG